AUGUACAAAUCUAUUGCCUUAAUAGCUAUCCUUGCUGUCUUUUUGCAACAAGUCUUGGCUCAAGCAACCUGUACAGAUCCAGUCAACUUUAACGCAUGUAUGGAUAUUCAGCAAAAAAAGCUUGGUACUUGCGGACCAGUUGAUUACGGGUGUCAGUGUGAAGCCAGGCGUCUUAUUGUGGAAUGCUAUAAUUUAUGCCCUCAACGCGAAGCUGAAAAAUCCAUUGAUUCAGCCUCAAUGCAAGGCAUCUGUGUUGCUGUACCAACAUCUUCUUCCGCUAGCUUACCUGCUGCAUCAAGUUCUGUAAACGUCCCUGUUGCUAGUAAUGCUACCCCUUCUGCAGCUGCUUCUAGUUCAUCCUCCGCUAAACCAUCUACACCUGCCACUACUACUACUUCAUCUGCUUCUCACGCUCAACCAUUAGCUGUCUUUAUGAUCAUCUGCAUGGCUAUUGGCUUUUAUCAAUUGUAA